GCCAUCUUCAUGGGCCCCGGCAUGUUCCUCUUCGGCCACAUGCUUGUAGCGAAGGUGCUUAUACCGAGUUUCUGGAUCUGGCUAUACUGGAUCAACCCCAUCCAGCGUGCGGACUGCCUGGUGCAGGACAUUCUGGCGGACGGGGUGGGGUCGGCAUAUGUGGAGAAGCGCAUUGUGUUUGCGAUGGAGAUGGCGGGCAACCCGAGUGUGAUCUUCUUUGACGCACCGUUUCUCAGGAUGGACACACUGAGGUCGCCAAGUUCUCAGCAUGCUCAAGCCGUGUGGGGGCGGGCCAUGGUGGUGGUGUCCAACGCGGUUACCGCGUUCCAUCUGAACGCCUUCCACUCGCUGCUCAUGCUGGGCAGCGGCGGCGAGAUGGUCUUCUUCGGCCCCGCGGGGAGAAACGGCCACGCGCUUGUG